AUGAUAUCAAGCAAUGGUCUCAAACGUAAAUCAUCAACAUCCGUAGUAGCAGAUAAUCAUAAUAUAAUAACAAGUACAACAACAAAACGAUUCCGUGGUACUUCUUAUGAUGGAAAAAUUCAUCAUAAUGAACAUCAAAAAUCAUUAUUAUUAUUAUCAACAACAAAUAAAACUCAACAAUCGUCAAAGAUGACAAUUCAUAAUAGUAGUAAACAAGAAAUGACAUCAGAAUAUCGUCAACUUCAAUAUGAAUUACAAUGUCAAGAAGCUUUACUUGUUCUUAUGCAAAAACUUAAAACAAAUCAACGAAUUAUAUCACAAACAAAUAAUACUAAUCAACGAACCACCACCACCACCACAACAGCAACAACAACAACUACGCCUGUUCAUACAACAAAAUUAAAUUCAACUACACCAACAAAACAAUCAUUGAAUUUAACAAAUCGAUCAAUACCAACUAAACCACCACAUCCAAAUCAAUAUACAGUUAAUCGAUCAAAUAAUAAUUUACAACAACAAACUUCAAAAUCUUCUCAAUUAUUACCUCAAGCUACUCGUCAAUCAACUAAUAGUACAUUACCAAUAACAGCUACUCGUCUAUCAUCAACUUCAACUACAAAAAAUUCUUCUUUAUCAUCAUCAAUAACAAAUAAUUCUUCAAAAAGUAAUGGAAUAACAACAGAUCAACAUUUAUUAAAUGCUAAAUUAGCUUUACGUAAACAACUUGAACAAACACUUUUACAAAUUCCAACACCUAAACCAUCUAUAUGUGAUUUAACUUAUAUUCCUGGUAUAAAUGGUUGGGCAGAAUUUUUAACAUUAAUUGGUCUUGAACAAGCAUAUAAUACAUAUACAGAUAUUGGUAAUCGUCGUUUUUCAUCAGAAUUUUCAAUAUCAUUACCAUAUAUAUGUGCUCAAUGUGGUACUGAUUGGUCAGUAACAUGGCAUGAUAUAUCAUCAAUAAAUGAUAAUAUUAAUAAUAAAGAUGAAAAAAUUCUUUGUGAUCGUUGUAGAAAAACAUCACAAAAAAAAAUUCUUAAACAAGAUCAUUCAAAUCGUUUACGACAAGCAUUUAUGAAAGCAUUACAACAAGAAAAAGAACUUGAUGCUAAAUUUCAACAACAAUCAUCAACUAUAGUUAAACCAUCACCACCCCCACCACCAUCAACAACAACAACAACAUCAUCAUCACAUCAUAAACCUUCGAAUAAAUCUUUAACAACAAAAAUAAAUUCAAAUCAUCAAUCUAAUAAACAUACAAAUAAUAAUAAUCAUCAUCAUAGUGGAAAAACUAGUUCAUCAAAACAUUCGACAAUACCAGUUGAUACAUUUACAUCAGCUUUAGCUGCUUUACCAACAAAUGAACAAAUAGAAUUAUUUCAAAAACAUUUUUUAUCAAAUAUGUUUCCAUUUGCUGCUGUUGCUAAUCAAGCAGCUGCACUUGCAGCUAAAACAACUCAACAACAACAACAAGUAUUAGCUGCAUCAUUACCAGCUAUGGCUGCUUCAUUAAUGCGUCAAGGAAAUCCUGCUCAAUAUUUACUUGAUAUGAUACCACAAGCAGCUAAACAACAACAACAACAACAACAACAACAACAUCAUCGUCAUUCGAAAUGA